CGUACACCUCCUUCACAUUUGUCGUCCUUCAUCCUAUCAUAUCUUUAACCGAUUACCACCAUUAUCGGUGUCUUUCAGCAUUCCGCUUUGAACUUUAACUCUCUCGCCUUGGACUCGAUCAGUAUCUCCGUCGCCUUGCGAGACAUGUGUCUCCGAGUCCCGAUUUCGAACUCCCGAUUUUGAUUGCGUCCUCAGCGGUACCAUGAGCACGUCUACUCCUGAUGCCAAUGUGCGCACGCCAACCGGCUCAAAUGGAGCCCCGCCCAUGCGGAUACGCCGCCCGAAAGCAGCUGAUCCCUUGGUACGGCCGAAGAAGAGAGUUACCAAACCGCCUGGCCCGACGUCAGCAAGGAGCGGGUUGGCAAUGAAAUCGCUUCCUCCUCGACCUGCUGCGAUCAACCACUCAUCGGGGAGUCAACUCGAGAAAGGAAGACAAACUCCGUCAGGCGAUCUCUACACAAACGGGUUUAGUGGCCCCUUGUUAUCGGAAUCUUAUGUAGAUUACCCUUUAGUGACCACGAAGCGAGCGUUACGAGAGGGCUUGAAACACCACAUAGCGAAGUUUGCCUCUAAAAAAACGAUUGAUCCCCGCGAUGAGUCUCAGUUCACAAGACCUGUAAGGCUACAGCGCCGAGAUCCGAGGGCAAGGUUCCAGGCGACGAAUGAUGAGAAAGCCCAAGGACUCCAGCAGACGCCUGAUGAUUCUAGCAACCAAGUGGAUGAAGCUGAAAGAGAUGAUCUGGAGGUUCGCAAAGCGGCCCGUGAAAAGGAACGCGCAGACAAUCUGGCACAGAUAGCUCCUUCAGCUGGGUCAGCCCCUAAAAAGUCAAAUGCGCCGAAACAAAAGACGCAGCAAGUUUCCAAAACAGAUUUUACGCCGGAGGAGAUCGCUAGGACGCGAAUUAAAUACGAAGAAGCUCUUCCGUGGCAUCUGGAAGACUUUGAUAAUAAGAACGUUUGGGUGGGAAAUUACGAGGCUGCUUUGUCCGAAACCCAUGCAGUUUUUAUUCUUGAAAAUACGGGGAAAAUGAGGAUGAUACCAAUUGAAAAAUGGUACAGGUUCAAUGCGAAGAACCAGUUCAAAGCACUAACCAUCGAGGAAGCGGAAAAGUUCAUGGCCAAGAAGGUGAAAGAUCCGCGAUGGUUUAUGGAAAAACAGCAGGAGGUGGCACAACGCAAGGAACUGGAACAAUUUGCAAAGCAGCGUAAAGUAUAUGCAGGUAAACAGGGCGCGGCGUCCGGCGUCGAGGGACUGGAGGGAGAUGAAAUGGACUUUGAGGAAGAUCGGUUUGCCGACGACGAAGAGCACGAUGACCUUUUCAACGAGGAUGAAGAUGCCAAGGCAGCGGAAAAACGGAUUAAACAAGAUCAGCUGAAGGCCAACGUGUUCGAUCUUAAAGAUGAGAAAGAGUAUGAGGAAGAGGAGGUUAGGGAGAAGAAAGAGAAAGAAGCUCGCCGCGUUCUCGGCAAAGGGGUGCGAAAAGCGCUCCAAAAGAGAGAAAAGAAUUAUGAUUACAGCAGUGGCUCUGAUGUUAAUCCAUACACCGACGAGGAGAGCUCCGAAGACAGUGAAACCGAAAAGUUGAAGGAAGAGGAACGCAAAGCAGAAGAAGAAAAGAACAAGAAGGAACCAGCUGCUUCUUCGAAGGGCAACAGUACACCGUCAAGCCGGCAUAAACAUACCGAUUCUUUCAAGAAAAGUGCAGCUGCCGCAUCUCGAAAGCGGUUUGGUUCUCCAAAUAUGUCAGAUGCGAGUGGGACAGAUACUUCCCGCAAGAAGGGGAAGGGCAAGCCUGCGACUUCCCAACAACCAAUCUCUCGCCCCAUGUCCCCUACAGUGUCUUCGCCAGGAGCGGUUGGUAAGAAACGCGUUCGGAAUGUACCUACAGGUGGCGCUGGCUCAGGCAGUGAAGCCGAUGCUGGCGCAGGAUCGGGCGGGGAAAUGAGUGAGAGUGGAAAGACGAAGAAGAUCAAACUCAAUCCCCCAUCGACCACACCUCGAACUGCCACUCCACAAGGAUCGAGAGCCGGUAGCCCUGCACCUUUGGCCGGUAGAAGUUUUUCAGGCAGCCGUGCCAGCAGCCCAGAGUCAAAUAGAGGCCCAGCUCGUCUUUCAACGCCAGGGCCAUCAGGCCAAGCAUUCCCAACGCCCGCAGAGAUUCAUGCCGCAAUCCCUCAGUCUGGUAUCAUGAGCAGUGACCUACUGAAGAUCUUCCGCCCUCGCAUCGGCGACUCCAAGGAAAACCAUCGGAGGUUCAUUGCGAUCGUCAAGGACGUUGGCGUGUAUGGGAAAGAAGACAGGCUCCUACGACCAGGGUCGUUGAAGGAAGGUUGAGGCCGCUAGGGUUGUCGCCAAUUCAGGAGUUGCCUUGAUCGGGCCGUGGGUCUCAAAUCUUAGUUGUGUCUAGUAUAACAAAUGGCCAUACAUAAUCACGUUACAUAACAUCACCGCGCAGUUGCAAUAUUUGC